CAUCAUUAUGCCAAAGGCUCCGCGCAACGGACUGGGCUCAUGAGCGCUCUGAAGCAAUUACAGAGCUUGACGCCACUCGAGGUCCCGCUAUUCAUCGGCGGUGAAGAGCUAAUUGAAUCCAACCACAGGUCAAAACCUCGCACACCCUCUCACAACUCAACCCCUCCGACCACGCCUCAACCAUCGCCACCUACUCCAAAGCCUCCAGCAACGAUGUCACCAAAGCCAUCAACUCCGCCCUCGGCGCCAAGCCAGCAUGGGAAUCAAUGCCCUUCUCCGACCGCGCCGCCAUCUUCCUCAAGGCCGCUGACCUGAUCGCCGGGAAAUACCGCUACCAGAUGAUGGCCGCCACGAUGCUGGGCCAGGGCAAGAACGCGUGGCAGGCGGAGAUCGACGCUGCUGCGGAACUGGUGGAUUUCCUAAGGUUUAAUGUACAGUAUGCAGAGGAGUUGUAUGCGCAGCAGCCUGUCUUGAAUUCGCCGGGGGUAUGGAAUAGGGUUGAGUAUAGGCCGCUGGAGGGAUUCGUCUACGCGGUCUCGCCGUUCAAUUUCACUGCCAUUGCGGGCAACCUACCCUGUGCACCAGCGCUGAUGGGCAACGUCGUAGUAUGGAAGCCCUCGGACUCCGCCAUCACCUCAAACUGGCUCCUCUACCAGAUCCUCCUCGAAGCCGGGCUCCCACCAAACGUCAUCCAAUUCGUCCCCGGCCCACCGGCGGAAGUCACCAAGGUCGUGCUGGGAAGCAAGGACUUCGCCGCGCUGCACUAUACCGGCUCCACCGCCGUGUUCCGCAAGCUGUACGGCAUGAUCGGCGAGGGUGUUGCCAGUGGCAAGUAUAUCGGCUACCCCCGCAUCGUCGGCGAGACGGGAGGGAAGAACUUCCACCUCAUCCACGCCUCUGCGGCCGUCGACAACGCAGCUCUCCAAACUGUGCGCGGCGCCUUCGAGUUCCAGGGUCAAAAAUGCUCCGCUACAUCACGCUGCUACGUCCCCUCCACUAUCUGGCCGUCUUUCAAAUUGCGUCUCGUCGCCGAGACGAAGGCUCUUAAGAUUGGCCCCCCUACCGACCCUGAGAACUUCGUCGGGCCGGUCAUUCACGCUGCGUCUUUUGAUAAGCUUGCUGGCGUCAUUGAUGAUGCUGCUAAGGAUGAUUCGCUUGAGUUACUUGUCGGAGGGACAUAUGAUAAAUCCAAGGGGUAUUUCAUCCACCCCACCAUCUACGCCACUACCGACCCCAAACACCAUCUUCUGAGCACCGAGCUCUUCGGCCCCAUCCUCGUCGUCCACGUCUACGCCGAUAAACCCUCUACCCGCGCUAAAGACUUCAACAACGCCAUCCAGGCCAUCUCUAACGCCUCGGAGUACGCACUGACCGGCAGCGUAUUCGCGCAGGACCGCGCGGUGAUUAGGUUUGCGGAGGACAGAUUGAGGGAUUGUGCGGGGAACUUUUAUAUUAAUUGUAAGAGCACCGGGGCGGUAGUGGGGCAGCAGCCGUUUGGGGGGGCGAGGGCGAGUGGCACGAAUGAUAAGGCGGGGAGUGUGAAUCUGCUCACGAGGUUUGUGAGUAUGAGGAGUAUUAAGGAGGAGUUUGUGGAGACGAAGAAAGUGGAGUAUCCGAGUAAUGAGGUUUAAGGGGGCGGGGGGUAAGCGGCCACUACAAAUAGGCAUUUGCGGUUACGGCGCUGAUGCAGAUAUUGGUCAAAGAAGCACCACAGUACGCUAUGUGGACAGGGGAAAAUCCUUGAGGGAGUGGUUCGUUGCUGCCAUUAUAAAUACCUAUUUGUGUCGCUAUGCUGGCGAAGAGUUGGGUCGAAGAAGUUCAGAUACUUCAAGGUGUUCAUUUAACUUGUAGGCAUGUUUUGAGAGGCAUUGCUUGAUUAGCUGUGUACUUGGAUUGCUUAUGGUAGUAGAUAUAGCACUUACUCGAUGUUUUAUAGAGAUGCACCCAACAAUUACCGCAUAUAUCAGUAUAUCAGUAUAUCGGCAGUGGUAAAAUAGAAUCAUGUUGAAUUGUGU